GCUUUUUUUUUUUCUUCCUUAUGUGUUUUUAGAGAUGGUUUUUCAUUUGCAAGUGUCUGUAGGUCGUUUGAGACUGAGUUUGUCUUUUUUAUCUUUUGUUCUUCAGACUGCCACCGACAGCUCCUCAAACUCAUCUCAGAAGAAGGAGCUCGCUACACAGCUAGUGGCCACCUCCAUCUUUUACGAGCCUCAUCCACAUCGCUGCAUUCUGCAGUACCGGCCGCCCGAGCGCUACAGCCUGGAUCAGAAGUUCUCCAGGAACCCCUUCCUGUUUGAGGAUGAGGAGAUCGUCCGAAUCAACCCCCGGGAGCGCUGGCUGAUCACAGGCUACGAGGACUACCGAUACGCCGCUGUGCCAGACAAGUUCAUCCAGCACGAGGACUCGGACUCGUACGUUCACAUCGCUAAGAACGAACCCUUAAAGCACGACUAUAACUACCCCUAUGUGCCCAGCUCCGACUUCAGCCAGUGCGACCUCAAGAGCCACGGGGGCGACGGAGGCGUAGUGGCCACCCAGCCGCGGGCGUUCAAGCUCAAGGGCAAGCGGAGGAAAGAGGACGGAGAGCGAUCGCGCUGCGUCUACUGCCGGGACAUGUUCAACCACGAGGAGAACCGGCGCGGACAGUGCCACGACGCUCCCGAUCCCAUCCGGACCUGCAUCCACCGGGUCAGCUUCAUGUGGUGCGCCGACAGCAUGCUCUACCACUGCAUGUCCGACCCGGAGGGAGAGUACUCGGACCCGUGCUCGUGCGACACCAGCGAGGAACGUUUCUGCCUUCGCUGGACGGCCCUGUUGGGUCUGUCGGUGUUGGCGCCCUGUCUGUGCUGCUACCCGCCGCUUCACGCAUGCCACCGCUGCGGCGUGGCCUGCGGUUGCUGCGGAGGAAAGCACAAGGCUGUCGGCUGAACCCCCCGCCCGUCCCGAAUUAACCCUAAACUCCCCUCGGAACACUAGCACUGAGGAGGGCAGGAGCGGACUUUCCCUUUUGUUGUGGAUGUUUCUCUCAGUUCUUCAUGAAAGAAAUGGCUCUUUUGUCAGGUGGCUCUUGGAGCCUUCAUGUCAUGCAUUACUUAUGCAGGUACUUUAUAUUUUUUACACUGAUUUGACUUCUCAAGAACUUGAAUCGCUUCGAUAUGCAGUCGUUUUGGUUUUGCGUUCGUCCGCCUUGGCCAGCAAAGGGAGGAAUUCGCUGUUUACUCUUCCUGAACAGGUCCAUACAUAAACUGGCAUUUAUAUCCCAAGCCCUUUAACCGUUCAGAACAAUAACAAUGAGAUUAGCUCGAGACACUAAACCUGUAGUCAGAAACGUCCGUUUGUAGUGCGUUUGUGGGUGAGCGUGUGUCGAUGCCUGCGUGCGUGUUGUUUGUAUCACAGCAUUGUAUCACAGCAUAGCAUUGUCGUUAUUGUAUUUAAGCCAAAUUUACAUAAGCUGCAUCCAGAGUAUAUGUAAAUACUGUAUGCUCAUAUGUAUAUGUUUCAAAUCGAAUUAUUGUAAUCACCUUCGACAGUCACAGCUACGUUUCAGACAUGGGACAUUUUCCUUAGAGUUGACUUCUUUUGAAUGCGAGGGUGGCUCUUGAGUUUGAUGCAUAUUUGAUAUCCAAAGAUUAUUUUUGUCAUAUUUAUUUUCGCGGUCAAUUGAAUCACCAGCCAAAGGGAGAAAGAAAAAAAAAUAGAGAGAAAUCAUCAGACUGUGGGCAAAAAAAGCACAGCCAUAUGGGGAAAGAGAAGUUUCCAGUGAGCCCACGCCGCUUAAACUGCAAAAAGAAAUCUUUCUUUUAAACAUAAUUUUUGUCUUGGAAAAAUGUAAUCUAAAUAUCCUCACAACAAAUCACUUUAAUAAGUACUUUUUAGAAUUUUAUAAAUUUUUUUGGUUGAAUUUGACCUUAUUUGUAUUUAUUUAUUAUAGAUUUCUAUUGAUUGAAACAAACCUCACACAAUUUAUUAGAUUUAUGCUUAAAACAAGAAGAAAAAUCAGUUUGCCAAUGGAAUAAUAA